AGUCGAAGUGGCCGAGUGGCGCGUGUUUGACAAAGUUGCGGUGGAUGCAACAGCGAGUUUAACCUCUCGCGACAAAAUGAUAUGUAUAUCGCUUAAUAUACGUAAAUAGAUUGGAAAGUAGAGUGUAAGAUCAUAAAAAAAUAAUUGUAAUUAUAUAUUCGUGCUGUAACACUUAUACAAUGGUGUUUUUGACACAAGUUUUAGCUUGCGUGAAAAAGCAACCAAGAAAAUAUCUACGUUCCAGAUUCAUCGACACCUUGCGCCUUCAUGUUAGGGGAGGUACAGGAGGUGCUGGGUUGUCUCGUUACGGUGGGUUGGGCGGCGCAGGGGGUAAUAUAUAUGUAGUUGCAAAAGAUGGGCUAACAUUGGAGAAGGUUCUCAAGACCUUGAAGACCAAACGAGUCACAGCAGAUUCAGGGAGUGACAGCUCAGCAAGGGGAAUUAUAGGUACACCUGGUACAGACAAGAUUAUUUCAGUUCCACGUGGCAUUGUGAUAUAUAAUCAGAAUGGAGUAUUGUUAGGAGAAUUAAAUGAAGAGGACUCGAAACUAUUAGUAGCCAAAGGUGGCGCAGGUGGUACCCAAGAAACAGGCUACUGCGGAUUGAAGGGAGAAUCUCAGACGAUAAAGUUAGAUUUGAAAUUGAUUGCCGAUAUCGGAUUAGUUGGCUUUCCCAACGCUGGCAAGAGUACAUUUUUGGCAGCGGUUUCAAAUGCCAAACCUAAAAUCGCUGCUUAUCCUUUCACUACCAUAAGGCCCAAAUUAGGAAUCGUGAAGUACCAUGAUUUAAGAGAGAUCACCGUUGCAGACUUACCGGGUCUUAUCGAGGGGGCACACAUGAAUAUCGGGAUGGGUCACCAGUUCUUAAAACAUAUUGAAAGAACAAAGCUACUUAUGUUUAUCGUAGAUAUACAGGGGUUUAAAUUGUCACCCAAGCAUGGACAUAGAUCCUGCUUGGAAACUGUGGUCUUAUUGAACAAAGAGAUCGAACUCUACAAACCGGAUUUAUUACGAAUGCCAGCCAUGAUUAUAAUUAAUAAAAUGGACACUGACAAUGCUGAUAAUAUUCUCAAAGAAAUCAAGCCAGCGUUGCACAAUCUAUCAAGCUACGUGUCUACGUGUCCGGAGGAAAUACGGCCCGAACAGGUGAUACGUUUUGAUGAUAUUUUGCCAACAUCCUUAAUCUCGAAAGAUAAAGAAACGAUAGCAGCGAUCAAAGACAGAAUACGGAGUAUAUUAGAUAAAUAUGAAGAGAAGAAACAUGCUAUUGAACAUGGUAACUUGGAUUCUCGACUAAUGGAAAGGAUAAACCGGAAAUUUGAAGAGCACACGCCGACCGUUGUAUAAAUUUGUAACAUACGAAAAUAAAUAUUUUGUAGAUAAUGCUGA